AUGUUUUCAAACCUAGUCACCGCAACUAUUUUUCUGGGCUCUUUCAUAUUUGCUAUAACAAGCAAGUGGUUCUGGUUCUCAAAGACGCCCACAGUGUGUUUCAUCGUGCUAAUGUCCUCUGUGAUUUCUGGAGCUUGCACUACCCUUUUGGAAGAACACGCGCAGGCGUCUGACCUUAUACACGGCGAUUCUCUUUUCUCGAAAAAUCCUAGGAAAUUCGCCAGCAAAACUGAUCUUACGAAUAGUUAUUCUGAUUACAAGAGUUACAAGAGCCGGAGUUUGAAAGGUUAUAAUGAGUUUUAUAAAAUAAAAGACAUUUUCCUCUGUGAACCGUGUGUGUGUUGCCGUAUCAGUUUCUCUUUGACAAGCGCGACGUGUCAGUCAAACGGUGAUUUAAACAUGUCCACAAUUCCAGACAGCCUGCCGAGAAACAUAAACACACUGUUCGUUAAAUUAUCAGAUAUUACUGCAUUCAAUGCACCAGAAAUUUUGCCUUAUUUAAACAUAACAUGGAACCAACUCCUUUUUUUAGAAAACUCAACCUUCAACCACAUGAAAACGCUUGAAGUUCUUGACUUAAGUCAAAAUCCAAGGUUAGGGUGCAUGUCGAAGCAUUUCCCCCUGGGCGUAUUUUCUAGCCUGCAAAAUUUGAAUACAAUUUUUAUCGAAGGCAAUGCCCAAAACGGAGAUGAAUACCCAAACAUGGUUCUACAACAGCUGAAAAAUCUGAAAAUUAAAAUAAAAGGCUGCAGUGCUACAAGUAUGAACAUGACAAUGUUUUUAGCUUUGACAAGUCUCAGGAGUCUGAGUAUAUUAAAUAUGCCUCAUUACGAUUUGUAUGAUGCUUUAGAAGAUCUUCAAGGUAUAGUAAAAAGCUCUAUGAUUGAGUUACAACUUUCCAAAUUAACUUCAACUUUCAUGUGUCGUAUUCUUGACGAAACCCAUGCCAAAUACUUGCAACACAUGCGAUUAAAACAUUUAGAUUUGUCGGAUAACAGUAUCGUUAUGAUGACGAAUAUAGCUACUGAGUUUGCUACGGGUUACCAGGAAGAGACAAGCCUAGCUGGUCAUGACAUUGACCCGGAUGACGAUUUGCAUGUCGCUAAUCAUGGUUGUCCUGUUACUCAAAGUCAUUAUCCUUACUCGCGAAAUGGCAUGGUAGACUCAAAUUCAAAAGACCGAGACGAAAAGGAAAUAUCAAUUCCGGAAAGGCUUCAAAUUCUUCUGGCUCCACAGUACCUCCAUUUUGGGCUUUAUAUUCUCUUUUGUAAGAUCGAUGAGAAAUCAAACUUACAUCAAUUGGAUUUUUACAGUAGUUUCAUAUCACACUGGGGUACAGGAGAACUACCAAAGAAAGUAAAAUAUGCAAAUUUCGCUAACAAUUAUUGCAGAAAUUUGACAAAACAUUUUUUUAGUAAAAAUAACGAGCUGGAGAUUCUAUUAUUAAGAAAUAAUGUGUUAGGCGAUGUUUUCGCUACAGAUUCACACGGUGAAAUAUUUUCUAAUUUAGGUAAACUUCAGCACAUCAACCUGUCGAAGAAUUCCAUUUAUAAAAUUCCUCGGGAGUUUUUUCGCGGCUUAAAAAGUGUGGAGAUUAUCAUUCUUUCACAGAACAAUAUCCAAGUCUUGAACGUCAGCUUUGCUAGCACAAUGAAUCUUAAGUUUAUUAAUCUCAGCAGGAACUCAAUUUUCGCGAUCACAAAAAACACUCUCCACGACCUGGAUAACAUAGCUGUCCAACACACAAUUUUUGUUGAUUUAACCAUGAACCCGCUGCCUUGCACCUGCCCAGGUCUACCUAUGAUAUUUUGGUUAGCCAGCACGAAUGUCUACUUGUUAAGUAAGGAUCUCUUAACGUGUGUUGAUGAAGAGAAUAACGUUAUUAAAAUUGGGAGUCUUGAACGAAGACUGAAGUCUUUACAAAGGCACUGCGCUUCUAAGGAGUUGACGCCAAUCGUUUCUUUGUUCAGCGGGGUGUGUAUAGCUCUGAUUGUUUCGUUGUUAACUUUGUACAGAUUUCGAUGGAGAUUAAGAUAUUUAAGAACUGUCGCUAUAGUAAAAUUAUUUGGUUUUGAGCCUAAGUUGCCAAAAAAUCCGCGCUACAAAUACGACGCUUACAUAAUUUAUACAGACGAAACAAGAAAUUUUGCGCAACAGGACUGCGUUCAUGAGCUGGAGGUCAAGAGGGGUCACAGACUAUGCAUUGAAGAACGAGACUUCAUGCCGGGUACCUACACCGUGUCGGCCAUUGUAAGUGCCGUUCAGAACAGCGCCAAAACCGUACCUGUGGUCACACCUGAAUUUUACGACGGCGAGUACGCGGAAUACAGCUUGAAAAUGGCGGUCAUGGAAGAGAUAUUCAGCAAACGUUCCGUCCUCCAUCUUUGUAUUUACCAGCCGGUUUCGGCAGACGACAUGACACGUGAUCUUUUGGCUGCCAUGAAGAAAAACCAUUUCACCGAGUUCCCAGCAGACGAUCAUCUUGCUGCUGAAGCCCGUUUGAUAUUUUGGAACGACAUGUCCAGUGCGAUCGGACGUAAUCCUAGAGAAGACUAA